CCAUACUUCAAACAGAAUGGGUUUCUAGUAUGGUCGAGGGAGCUUAUUCAACCACAACAUUUUUGCCUCAUUCAAAUGUCGUUUCAAGCCAUUUAAUAGUACCUUGCAUACAUUCUUUACUUGGUCGCCUCGUUGUGGAUGUUGAUGAGAGAGUGGUUGAAAGGGUUACGAAGCUCAAGAGAAAGAGGGUUUCGGAGUUGUUACUUCUUAGAGUAGAUAAGAAAUUUUCUAUUUGGAUUUUGCGACAAGGCUUCGAUUUGCCACGAGUUUUGUAA